CCUUCGCGAGGCUCUCCUUCAUCCUGGCACUUUACCUUCAUCCUGGUAUCUCGAAAGUCCCCGGACCAAAAACAGGAACAGGAGCAGGAUGAGCUCAGCAGCAGCAGAAGAACCAUCAGCAUUAGAAAGCGUAAAGCCCGUCACUUUAACUCAUGAUAGUGAUGGCAGCAUCAUCCUGCACUGUCCUUCAAAUGACGAGGAAUUGGAGCCUCUUCCAAAGAAGACGCGAGUUUCCACAGAGGAAAACCCGGAGACGCCUCAGUUCUCUGUCAUCACCAUGUCUGAAAACGACGAGAGCUUUGAGGUGACGAUGACGGCCACCGCUGAAGGCGACCUGCCUGAGGACGGCGUCACUGAGAUCGAGAUUCUGCAUGAGGACAAAGAGCAGAAGGCCGAGGUGUCACCAGUCAGUCAGGCCUGGUUCACCACGAAAGAGGAUAAAGACACGCUGGCCAACAAAGGUCACAGGUGGAAGCAGGGAAUGUGGUCGAAGGAGGAGAUCGAUAUCCUGAUCAACAACAUCGACCGAUACAUGAAGCGCCGCGGCAUCCAGGAUCCAGCAGAGAUCAUCUUCGAGAUGUCGAAAGAGGAGAGGAAGGAUUUCUACCGCUCUGUGGCGCUGGGGCUGAACCGGCCGCUGUUCGCCGUCUACAGGAGAGUUUUACGGAUGUACGACGACAGAAACCACGUCGGCAAGUACACUCCAGAGGAGAUAGAGAAACUUAAAGCGUUGAGGGAAAAACACGGGAACGACUGGGCGACGAUCGGAGCGGCUCUGGGUCGCAGCGCCUCUUCCGUUAAGGACCGCUGCCGUCUGAUGAAAGAAACCUGCAACACGGGUAAAUGGAGCGAGGAGGAGGAGGGACGCCUGGCGGAGGUGGUGUAUGAAAUGGCAGGCGUGUCGCCUGGGUCGGCGGUCACGGCCGGGGUUUCCUGGGCGACGGUGGCGGAUCGGGUUCGCACGCGCUCAGAGAAGCAGUGUCGCUCCAAGUGGCUGAACUACCUGAACUGGAAGCACAGCGGAGGAGCCGAGUGGACGAAAGAGGACGACCUGAACCUCCUGCGCAGGAUCUCGUCGGUGAAGGUGGAGGACGAGAACGACAUCAAGUGGGAGGAUCUGGCGUGGGGGUGGAGUAGCGUGCGCUCACCUCAGUGGCUGCGCUCCAAAUGGUGGAGCAUCAAGAGACAAGUGGCCAACCACAAGGAGAUCCCGUUCAGCGUCCUCCUGAAGGGCCUGGAGGAGCUGAUGACAUCAUCACAGACUGCGUCCCUCCCCGGCAGUCCCUCCUCUUCCUCGCUCCAGAUCCGCCUGGCCCGGCUGGACGACAGCAGCGGCUGCAGUCCUGUCACCGGCCCGCUGGCGGCGCUGCAGAUCCCGGUCCAGAUCCCGCUGCAGAUCACUCACCUGGCGUCAGACGCGGCUGCAGACGGAGACGCCAUCACUCUGAACUCAGGAGCGCUGCAGACCUUCGAGAUCCUGCCGUCCUUCCAGCUGCAGCCAACCGGAACGCCCGGAACCUUCUACCUCCAGACAACGUCCAAUCAAAGCCUUCCUCUCAGCCUGUCCAAUAACGGCACAGUAACCCUGACGACAGGCUCCUCCCCCUCCUCCCAGGAACACAUCAUCCUCCACAGCCUGUCGACCGACAGCCUCUGUUCUGGAGAUGGCGUCAUCAUCCAGACCGUCUCCGCUGACCCCGCCCCCUCGCCGGAGGGGCAGAGCCAGGACCUCAACGUGGCCGCACUCCUGGAGGAGUCGGAGGCGGUUGUUACAGAAACGCCUGAGGCAGGAAGUGAAGAUUUCACAGAGAAGGGUGCAGUGGUGCAUCCUGGGAUACCGACGGGCGGCACCGUUCUCAUCGCCUCUCCGCCCAACAUCAGCAGCACCUUGACAGAUCCCAUCCUGGAGAACCAGGAAGGUUCGGACUGACCGGAUCAGAAUCAGAACCGGAUCAGAACCAGAACCGGAUCAGAACCCGAUCGGAGUUGAACUGUGAGUUGUUUUUAUCGGGACGUUUUUAGCUGAAGACCUCGGGGAAUCCCUGCAUGAAAUGUGAAGGCAGCGUCGACCCGAACGCGGCGUCUGGGACGAACCGGGCCAAACGGACUUUAUUUAUAAAAUCAUGCUUGUCGCCAUGGUGAUUCGCCAAGGACUAAAACUAUUUGUUUUAAAUGUUGACGUUGUGAGAAAUCAGACUUUUUUGGGUCAGUUUUUGCCUUCAUUCAGUUUGUUCUUGAAUUAUUUCACAGCCACACAUGAAAUAAAAUCUGUUAUAUUCCCACCA